AUUUAAUUUAAGGUGAUAUGUGAAUACUUUAGACAUAAAGGCAAAGUUUCUCUCCUAAAAACCCCCGUUUGGUCCUUUUCCAAACGGAAGCUGCGUUGUUUACCCUUUCCAAGAUGGCGGCGGGCAUGUAUCUGGAGCAUUAUUUGGACAGUAUAGAAAACCUUCCCUUCGAGCUGCAGAGGAACUUUAAUUUGAUGAGAGAUCUCGAUCAACGCACAGAGGACUUAAAAGGACAGAUUGACUCUCUGGCUAAAGAAUACACGUCUAACGCCCGGACUCUGUCAUCUGAGCAAAAACUGUCCCUACUGAGGCAGAUUCAGCAGUCCUACAGCAAAUGCAAGGAGUUUGGCGAUGAUAAGGUGCAGCUGGCUAUGCAGACCUAUGAAAUGGUCGACAAACACAUCCGCCGCCUUGACACAGACCUGGCUCGAUUUGAAGCUGAUCUGAAAGAAAAACAGAUUGAGAGCACUGACUAUGAUUCCACCUCCAGUAAAGGAAAGAAAGGAGAAUCCAGACAGAAGGAGAAGAAGGCUGCUAAGACGAGAUCUAAAGUGAAGAGCUCAGAUGAAGAUGGAAGUCCCAAGAGUGCGCAGAAGAAAGUCAAACUUUUUCAGCAAGGGGAAUUCAACAGCCCUUCGUCCAACUUUGGCAACGUUCAUCCAUCCGAUGUGCUGGACAUGCCUGUGGACCCAAAUGAACCCACCUACUGUUUGUGCCAUCAGGUCUCCUAUGGCGAGAUGAUUGGCUGUGACAACACCGAUUGCUCCAUCGAGUGGUUCCAUUUUGCAUGUGUGGGCUUAACAACCAAACCACGGGGAAAAUGGUACUGCCCACGCUGCUCUCAAGACAGAAAGAGAAAGUGAUUCAACUGGUCACUGUGGACCAAAAUAAAGAUCCAUUGAAUGGAACAUGAAAAAAAGUUUUGUUAAUACAUCUUUAGCUUCACAUUUAUGUUUGACAUUUGGUGCUUUUUACUUUUUGUUUUACAUCCUUGCCUUGGUCUGAUGCGUGUGAAGGAGCCAGGUGGUUACAAACGUAUUUAAUUUUUGUUUUAAUAGAAAAUGUUUUUUUGUUUUUUUUUUCAUUUAGCUAUCUUUGGUGCUCUUUUUGUGACUUUUUCAUUUAUUUUGUCCACAUUACUAAUAUACACUACAGCUGGCCCUUUUGAUUUUGUAGUUGUAACAUGAAACAAUACUGUAUUCACAUGAUGUUCACACAUACAAGAAAAAAACUUUCUACAUAUUCUUAAUGAAAUGAACCUGAAAUGUUUUUUUUUAUUGUUAUAUUUCCCUUAUUUGAAAUUAAAACACUAUUUUUAGAAGAAAAAGAUAAAGAUUUGUGACAGCAUUAGAUGUAUGUCGUAGUGACAUAGGCCAUUUUCAUUUAACUUUUUUUUUUAUUUCAGUGCUGCAUAGAACUUAAAGACAUUUCUUGAAGAGUAUUUUUAUUUCUGUAGCUGAAAUAUUGGUGCCGGGUUGAGGGGAUGAUGGGGCUGUCAAUCAUUUCAAUACAGCUACUACCUCAAAAAAA